AUGGCAAGUACACCUCAAGCACCAGUCUAUCUCACCACGCAAAAGUCCCUCGCUCACCGAUUGAUCCUCUCCACCCUUACUGGCCGUGCAGUUCACUUUAAACAGAUCCGGCCGUCAUCUCUUACUCAUACCGGCCUCGCCCCUCACGAGAUUUCUUUUCUUCGCUUACUCGAAGCUGUCACCAAUGGGUCGCAGUUUGUAAUCAGUGUUACGGGAACAGAGCUGCUCUACAAACCAGGAUUGAUAACAGGGAGCGCACCUGGCUCUGGUGCCAGUGGUGGGGUAAUAAAGCAUGAGCUGCCCGCUGAGUGUACCAGAGGCAUCAGCUACUUCUUGGUACCCUUAUGCCUCCUGGCACCAUUCUCAAAAGCCCCGAUCAAUGUCCUAUUCACCGGUCCUGGAGUAAUUACUUCUGCCACACCCUCUGGAGAUUUGUCUGCAGACAGCGUGCGAACAGCAAUAUUGCCUCUCUAUGCACAAUUUGGGAUAACAGACAAUAUUGAACUGAGGAUUUUGCGGCGCUCCAACGUGAGUACUGGUGGGAAAGGAGGAGCUGGCGAGGUCCAGCUUGUUUUCGGGCAUCAGGUCCGGCUUCCUAAGACGGUACACAUAAUGAAUCCUGGACGAGUGAAAAAGAUACGAGGUGUUGCAUAUUGCACAGGGGUCUCGGCCUCAAACAACGCUCGGAUGAUUGAGGAAGCCAGAGGAGUUUUGAAUCCGAUGACGGCAGACACAUACAUCUUCUCAGAUGUGUCUUCUGCUCCCUACCCAAAGUCAAGGGACAAAUCCGAUACGAAUCAAAACAGGAAAACAGGAGUUGGAUUUGGGCUUUCCCUUGUUGCGGAGUCAUCUACCGGAUCGCUUUACUCCGCAGAUCUUGCAUCACCGCCGGCAGGAGGAGUACCACCAGAGGAUAUAGGGCGACAGUGUGCAUACCAGCUCCUCGAGUCCAUCUCUUUCGGUGGAGCUGUAUCUCUAGCAGCCGCGCCUACUGUAUUGACCCUUAUGGCCAUGGGUUCGGAAGACGUUGGAAGAUUACAGCUGGGCAAGAAUGUGCUUAGUAGCGAACCAAUAAUUGGACUUGCCAGAGAUCUGAAAGCCUUUGGAGCCAGCGGAUGGGGAGUACGAGAGCCUAUCACAGGACUGGGCGGUGACGUGGUAGUGAGCGUCGUCGGCAGGGGUGUAGGCAAUGUGGGAAGAAAAAUUGCCUGA